AUGACGCAUCUGGAAAAUGCUGUCAGUGUGACUAUUGUGCGCCUUGGCAAAGCGGUUCCGAAGCUAUUUUUUCCGAGCGGGGUGGGCUUGCUCGAGCGCGUGGGCACCUACUCGACGGUCGACGAGCUCGCCGGCAUGUCGACCGCGCGAUACGCCACUCCUGAUCCCGAUGACGACGGCUACGACGAGGACGUGCCCGCCGACCCCCCACCCCCUGCCGCCGACGACGAUGCCGCGCCGGACGACGAGCCUAACUUGCCCGACCCGUCGUGCUGCCCCGCGCUCCCGCUGCUUCUGCUCGCGCUCAUCGGCACGGUCGCGUUUGCCUUCUCGCGACAGGAGCAGCGGCGAGAGGCAGCGAAGAAGUGGCACGGACGCAGCGAGCGCGCAGAGGCAGAGCACGAGUAG